AUGUGGAGAAGGUCACGUGACUGGUCCGACUGCAGCCGCUGCGACUCCGAGACGGGAUACGCGCCGGUGCAGCCAGUGUUCGGCGACCCCAACGUGUCCUUGGUGUCCAUCUGCGCGCACACGGAGGACGUGGACCUGCACACGCUGCAGCUGCUGCAGCAUGGCACCACGGUGAUCCGGUGCGACGGUGAGAGAAGCAGCCUGGCAUUCCUGCGCCUGGAGGCGACCAACAGCGUGCUGACGUGGCGGCGACCGGCCUGGGGCUCGGCAACCGACUGCCAGCUGGCCGCCGACCCGGACCAGUCGCUCAGUCCAGGUCUGCUGCUCCGCUACGCCAGCCCCGGCGAGCCGGCCGCGCUCCUCGAGCGUCGCUUCGGCCUGGACGCGCUGACGCCGGCCAACGCGCUGCGCAUGGUGUUCGGCGGUAGUCUGAGCGACAACCGGUCGCUGACGUUCGUGGCGCCGACGGACGUGGCCGGCCACUGGCGCCGCCUGCUGCCGGUGCUCGUGCGCCGUCUGCACGGCCAGCAGAACAGCGCCCAGCGCCGCCGGCUCUGGCUCAAGGAGCAGUACCUGCAACUGUUCUACGAGGAGGCGCGCUGCCGCGGCCCCACCGCCGUCGAGGCCGCCAAGGUCGACGUGCGAGAAGAGCCGGGCCUGGCCGCCAGCGUCGAGAGCGUGAUCAACACGGGCAGCAGCCCGGUGCGCCGCCUGCUGCCGCCCUUCCUCAGGCAGUGCAGCCAGUCCGGCGCGCUGGAGGGACUGCUGGCGCGGCCCGAGUCGCAAGAGACACUCAGCUCGGCCGACCACCUGCAGAUGGACGACUUCGCCCAGCUCUACAGCUCGUUCAGCCGGCUCAUGCGCAAGGACCUGUGGCACCUAUUUGAGCUGUACGCCACGCCCAAGAAGAGCCCGGCCAGGAAGAUAUCCACAAGCAUGUCUGACGACGGCAGUCCGCCCAGCAGUGGCGCCCCUGGUGGUCAGCGCCGAAAGCUUCUGGAUGCCAUCUCGGCCGCCAUGGUGGUCUGCAACGGCGUGGACGUGGAACGCGCCUCAUCCUGGGUCAUCUCCAUGGAGACACUGGGCAAGGUGCUCCUGAGCCAGCAGGGCGAGGCGGCUGACCGCGAGCAGCUCGUCCGAAUCAUCAUGAGGUACGAGCGAGACCCGAGCCUGCGAGACACACUGUGUCUCAGCUUCGCCGCUUUCUGCUCAUACCUGAUGGACGAGGCCAACUUCGCCACGGCUGGAGCUGAGCCCACGCCACCCGAGGACUUCAACUACCCGCUCUCCUACUACUACAUGGCCUCGUCGCACAACACAUACCUGACCGGGCACCAGCUCAAGGGAGAGUCGUCCGUGGACCUGUACUCGCAGGUGCUGCUAACGGGCUGCCGCUGCGUGGAGCUGGACUGCUGGGAUGGGGAUGACGGGGCGCCGGUCAUCUACCACGGACACACUUUCACCUCCAAGAUCGGCUUCCGGGCCGUGGUGGAGGCCAUCGCCCAGUCAGCGUUCGUGACCAGCCCGUUCCCCGUGCUGUUAUCCAUCGAAAACCACUGCUCUAUACAGCAGCAGGCCAAGAUGGCGCACAUCUUCCAGACGGUGCUCGGCGACAGGCUGGUGGCGCGACCCGUGCUGGACCUCGACCUGAGCGACAACCCGCGCCUGCCGUCACCCAACCAGCUCAAGCUCCGCGUGCUCAUCAAGAACAAGAAGCUGUGCGCUGACAUUCCGCCGCUGAUCCGGCGUCACAAUCAGCGCACCAACUCGGUUGUCUCUUCCAACGCCUCGUCGGCCAGUCUCAACCUGGAGAGCGACGAUGACGACGACGAUGACGACGACGAGCUGAUCUGCGAUCGGGAGGCGGCCCUGCUGGGCCACCUCAGCGACGUGCCCACCUGCGAGGAGGAGAACGGCCGGCCUGCACACUCCCGGCACAGGUCCACCUCGGACCUGGAGGGCGCCGACGACGGUGUCGCCAAGAAGAAGCACAGCGCCCAGAUCGCCAAGGAGCUCUCCGACCUGGUGGUGUACACGCAGGCCAUCAAGUUCCACGGCUUCAUCUCGCUGAGCCCGAUGUGCGUCAAGCCGAAGCCAUCGCAGCGGCGGCGGAUCGCGCUGCAGAGCUCGGCCAGCAUACCGUCCUCUGGCAGCAGCGGCAGUGCGCAUGCGCGGCCAGACGGCGCGCCGCCGGCGCCGGCCGCCCGCAAGCCGCCACUUAUGCACCCCUGCUACCAGAUCUCGAGCAUCAACGAGAACUCGGCCAAGAAGCUGUGCCGCAAGCAGCCGCUGGCCUGCCUGGUGCACACGGAGGUGCAGAUCAUGCGUACCUACCCGGCGGCCAUGCGGAUCGACUCCUCCAACUUCAACCCGGUGCUGUUCUGGGCAUGCGGCAUCCAGUCGGUGGCGCUCAACUACCAGACGGUAGACUGGGCGCUGCACGUCAACAGCGCCAUGUUUGAGCAGACGGCCGGCUGCGGCUACGUGCUGAAGCCGCGCGUCAUGUGGGACCCCACGCACGUGCUCUACCGCCGCUUCAACCCGUGGGAGAAGAAGUUUGACGGCCUGCACGUGACAUACCUGACGGUGACGAUUAUCUCCGGCCAGUAUGUGUGCCAGGGAAGCUUCUCCGCCAGCCCCCAGGUGGAGGCCGAGGUGGUCGGUAUCCCGGCCGACAGCGUCAAGUACAAGACCAAGGCGGCGCACCACAACAGCCUGAACCCGAUCUGGGACGAGACGCUCGUGUUCCGCAUUUGGUUCCACGACCUGGCCUUCCUGCGGCUGACGGUGACGGACGCCGGCACCGGCCACCAGACGGCGCAGCGCACGCUGCCUCUCAGCCGGCUGCGGCCCGGCUACCGGCACGUCCGGCUACACGAUGCCCAUAACCGGCCGCUCUCCGUGUCGACGCUCUUCAUCUAUUCGCGCAUGGACGAGGAGGGCUCGGAGCCGGCGACAGCGUCGUGCCGCAGCGCCGCCGACGGUGGCCCGGCCGCCUCCGAGGACGAGCUGGAACCGGCGCCCAGCCAACGGCCCGGUGUGCGGCGAAAGACGUUCUUCCUGAUGGUGCACGACGUGACGCCCGACGAACCGCACACCAUCGUCAAGGUAACGCAGGACUACACGACACGAGACGUCAUCGCGCAGGCGCUGGCCAAGGCGGGCCGCGGCGACGAGAGCGUCGACGACUACGUGCUGAUCGAGGCGGUGGCCACUGACUGGUCUCGCUGCGCAUCCAAGACGACGCUGCAGCGCGUGCUGGCCGCCGACGAGUCGCCGCUGCGCGCGCAGGCCGCCUGGAAGGGCGAGGGCAUGCUGGUGCUGCGCAAGAUCGGCGACGACCCCAGCUGCCGCGCCUGGGUGUCGACCAUCCUGUCGAGCGGGCGCCAGCGCGCGGCGCGCGGCGCCGACGGCCUCGACUCGGAUGACAGCUUCCUCGUCUGCGUGUGUGACGUCAGCCCCAGCAUCCCGUACGCCAUUCUGAAGGCACCGCGCGCGAGCACGGCGCAGGAGCUGAUCGCGCAGGCUCUGGUCAAAGCGCGCCGCCUCGAGCCGCCCGGCCGCUUCGUGCUGGUCGAGGAGCUCGAGUUCGGCCGGAUGGCCUCAGACGCGUCGGGCGCGCGUCGCAAGGCCACGCGCACCGAGCGUCGCCGCCUGGCCGACGCCGAGUGCGUGUACGAGGCGCAGCUGGCGUGGCCCACCAUGGGUCGACUGUACCUGCGCGAGCGGGCGCCGACCGAGGAUUCACAGUCGCAGUAA